UACUACGAUGAUGCAUAUAAUGCCGUUAAGAUGGCACAACUGAUGGAGAAACGGAAUUUUUAAAUGCCGAUGUAUAGUGUUUACAAUCUUCCUCAAAGUUAUACUAUUUGACUGUUAGGUUAUGAUUGUCAUCGGUAUAAAGUUCUAAUGAACUUCAUAUUUCCGUUUUAGUUUACAUAUAUUUAGCUAAUAUUUAGAUUCCAUUAUAUAUCCAUAUACACUAUAUAGACACAAGAGAACUUUAAAAUGAAAAGAAACUUACGAGGCAAGCGUAAUCAGCCAAUAAUUGAAUCAGAUUCAGAUGAUGAGAUAAAACCAACUACUCAUAAAACGAACUACAAAUUAUCAAAAUCUGAAGAUGAAGACUAUACAAUAGAAAAUAAUAAAAUAAAAAAGAAAAUUAAAGAAAGUAAUAAGCAAUCAACAAAGAACAAGAUGAAGAAAAGUACGCAGAAUAAAGUUGUUAAAUCUAAAAAAAGAAAACAUCAGGAAGAAGAUUUAGAAACAAUUGGUAAUAAGAAGGUGAAACUAGAAGAAUCAUCAUUUAAUGAUUAUUCAGAUGCAGGAGUAUUGCAACAUAGUCAGAAAGAUUUUAUCAAAACUGAUAUAAAAAAUGAUGUCAAAAUUAAAGAAGAAUUAAACUCCAGUCUUUCACAGUGUACGGAAUGGACAACUAUUGAUUACAUAAGUGAAAUCAAUAAAGUAGAUAAACAUAUUGUUAAAAAGGUAAUAAAGCUUUUCCAAGAAGACAAUACUAUACCUUUUAUUGCAAGAUAUAGAAAAAACAUGACUGGAUCUAUGGAACCUGAUCAGUUGAGAGCACUUAAGGAAAGUUUUGAGGAGUCAAAGAUUAUUAAACAACGCGCUGCAACAAUUUUAAAAACCAUCGAUAAAAUAGGGAAAUGGUCGCCAGAAAUUCACUCUACUAUCAUGUCUACAAAAUCUCUUGCUGAUCUGGAAGAUAUUUAUGCCUUAUAUAAACCAACAUCAAAACGACUUUUGGCAGAGAGAGCGAAAGAAUUGGGCCUUGAAAAUAUUAGUAAUGCUGUUUUACACGGACAAAAAAUAACUCCAUUAGUAUCUCUGGUAAAUAAGGAAAAGGAAGGCUUGCGAAAUGAGCAACAAGUAAGAGAUGGUAUUAUACACAUAAUAGCGGAUGUUAUUACCAAGGAUAAAGAAGUUUUUGAUAAAGUGACAUCUUUGCGGAAAAAAUCUACUAUUUACAUAGAAACAUCGCAGUGUAAAACAACAAAAGUUUCAGAGAAUGUAAAUGAACACAAGUAUAAAUAUUAUUUUAAUUUUAAAUCAAGAGAAGAUAUUAUUAGGCCAAAUCAAAUACUGGCCAUUAAUCGAGCCGAAUCGCAAAAGAUUAUCAGUGUGAAAGUUAUAGUUCCAGAUACUUUCGAACAUACAUUUAAGAAGUUUUGCCUGUCACAAUACACAUAUCGUAUGGGAAGUGCUACAAAAUUGCAUCAGGAUUUACUCAGCGAUGGUAUUGAUUAUGCUUACAAGAAACUGAUUAAACCUCAGGUGGUACGUCGAGUACGGAGUGAGAUGAAGGAAAGAGCGGAAAAGGCAGCUAUACAAGUAUUCGCGACUAAUGUUAAGCAAUUGCUGCUCACUUCUCCUGUACGAGGUGAAAUUAUUCUUGGCAUAGACCCGGGUUUCUAUCACGGGUGUAAACUCGCUGUUAUAUCGGAACACGGCAACAUUCUCGAGACGACUGUGAUACAUCCUCAUAAGAAUGAAUUAUCAUUUCGCAUUGCAGCUGAUAGUAUGGUGAAGUUGGUGAACAAAUAUAAAUGUACAGUAUUAGCUCUGGGAAAUGGUACAGGGUGCAGGAAAACUGAAUCCUUCCUAACAAAGAUAAUACAAUCAAAGAUGUUUGAUCCACUGGACGUGAAAUACACUAUUGUUGAUGAAUCUGGAGCAUCGAUUUACAGUUGCAGUUCUGAAGCACAAUCAGAAUUUCCGAAUUUCGAUCCAAAUCUGGUAUCGGCUAUCUCGAUAGCUAGACGCUUGCAGGAUCCACUUGCGGAGUUAGUUAAAAUAGAACCGAAGCAUUUAGGAGUCGGGAUGUAUCAGCAUGAUCUUCCUGAAAAACAAUUGAUGAAUACUUUGGACGAAGUUGUCACAGAGGCUGUGAGUUUUGUAGGAGUCGAUGUCAACACAGCAUCCCAAUGUCUUUUGCGAAGAAUAGCUGGUCUUACAAAUUCUAGAGCUACAAGCAUCAUAGAAUGGCGAAUUAAACAUGGAGCAUUCAGGAAUAGAGAACAAUUGUUAGACGUGAAAGGUAUUGGCAAGAAAACAUUUGAACAGUGUGCGGGAUUCAUAAGAAUUCGGCCAGAAACAGCAAUAAUCAGCUUGCAAACCACGACGAAAGAUAAUAAAAAAUCGAAGAGUGAUCUUAAUCUCUUGGAUCAAACAUGGAUCCAUCCGGAAUCGUAUGGGAUAGCGAAUAAAUUCCUAAGACACUGCCAAUGUAAGUUGGACGAUCUUGGUACACCGGCAUUUAUCGAAAGGAUAAAUUCACACGCGAAAGCGGGAUGUGCCAAUUUAGCUACGCAAUUCGAUACCGACGAAACUAUUAUGGAGAUUAUAAUUAAAGCUCUGACUAUGAAAAAGGAUGAAGAUAUACGUUUAAAAUCGAAUUAUCCACUGUUUCGCGAUGGUAUGCGGUAUAUCAAUGAUUUGAGCGUUGGUACCGUAUUAACCGGUGUCGUGCGAAAUGUCACGGAUUUUGGAACUUUUGUAGACGUGGGUAUGGAAGGAACCGAUGGAUUGAUACCUAUUAGGUACAUAAAAAAUGAGACUCUGCAUAUAGGUCAACGUGUGGAAGUAAAAGUAAUCCAAGUCGAUGUGGCACAUAACAAACUCGCUCUUGAAUUAAUAAAGACAUUAUAAAUAAUCAUAUUUAUUUUUUUCAAUAAAGAGGAAUUACGAUAAAGAGCUUUCGUUACAUUGGUACCUACGAAAAUAUUCCUGUCAGAAAUACAAUACAUUUUGUUUUGCUUACAUGUAUAGAUUGUUUUA